ACAAACAACUUUCUUUCUUGCUAAACUUGCUACAUUUCUCCAUGUUGCAUCUCUUACAGCUUGAUUCGGCCCUCCUGCGAUGCAUUCACUGUCCGGGGAGAUCCAGGGCUUCUCCAAAAGCCGGCUGAGGAAACAGUGCACCCGCGUCACCACGGUGACGGGCAGGAAGCUGUUGGAGAGGACCACUGAUGGCGGCACACAGGUGGAGGAGCUGGAGGACGCAAACGGAUGCGGAUUUGUGGAGGAUAAAAGUCUGGACCUUCAAGUUGGAGUGGUUCGACCCUUCUUACUGCUGGCUUCUCAGGAUGCGGCCCACGACAUGGACACCUUGCAGAGAUAUCGGGUGUCGCACGUGCUCAACGUGGCCUACGGAGUGGCCAACGCCUUCCCCGAUCGGCUGAUCUACAAGACCGUCCAGAUCCUGGACCUCCCGGAAACCGACAUCACUUCAUACGUCAACGAGUGCGGCUCCUUUAUCGAGCGGGCCCGGGAACAGGAUGGCGUGGUCCUGGUUCACUGCAACGCCGGCGUGUCGCGCUCCUCCUCCAUCGUCACGGCCUACUUGAUGUGGCGAGAAGGGCUUGCGUUCCACGAGGCCUUCCGCCAGGUCAAGCUGGCCAGGCCUUCCAGUCGACCCAACUCGGGAUUCUACCGCCAGUUGCAGAACUAUAGACCAUGAGCCCCCGCCCUGUGUUCACUUUCCAUUCCCCCCCCCCUCAGGGUGUGUGUGUGUUU